AUGAAUUCUUCGCUGAUCACAGAUGCUUCCAUUCGAUCAUCGUCACCUAUUGAAAAGCCCUCUUUUUCACCAGAUAUUGCCAAUAGGUUAGGCUCUUCUCUUUUACAGGGAUCCAUCAGUUUACCACAGACCAAUAUUCAAGUUCCACCCACUUUGCAAAGCCCAUCAACUAUUUUGGAAACUUCAGGGUUGCAGAAGGCAUCAACUACCAGUAUAUCUCAGAGGUUAGGACCAGAAACAGCUCCUAAUGUCAGCCAGUGGUUAGUACCAGAGACAGCUCCUAAUGUCAGUCAGCGGUUAGGACCAGAGACGUCUCCUAAUGUCAGUCAGAGGCUAGGACCAGAGACGUCUCCUAAUGUCAUUCACAGGCUGGGUCCCCCUGUACCUAGUAAUUUCAAAGUUGCUGCCCCCCAUCUGCUGUCAGCUGUACCACAGCGCCUGCAGUCUUCCAAGUCAUCUUCACCCACCAGAUCUGUCACCCUCAAAGAUAUGAACCAGAAUUCACUCGGCUCCCCUUCCAGUCCAUCAUCAGCGAGUGAUUCUCCCCACAAACCCUCUGCUGUCACCAGUGAGAAGCCACGGAGCCUUAACUCUUCAGCUCACAGCGAUUCAGUCAGUGGUAAACCUGUUAAGGUAAAGACCUCCCUUCACUCGGCUCAUCAAGAUGUAGGUUUUGAAACUCUUAGGACGGCCUCUCCCAUUAAUGAUGUGCCGAGUCCCCCCUCAGUCGGCUCCUUACAGAGUCUUGCCACAGGUGCUGCUGUACCAACUACCAGUAGAAGACACUAUGGCCAGGUAAGUGGGAGAAAAUAUUUGCACUUGAGAUAGUGCAAGUAAAAAAGUAGUUUAUUUGCCUCUGCAGCUUUCCUUACAUCCCCUAGACAUGACAGUUAUACCAAUACAAAUUUUUUUUUAAUGUCACGUUCAGGACCCUAAUAUAAAUGUGGUAAAAGAGUAUGAAAGCUUAUAAAUUUUAAUGAUGUAAUCCUUAACUCACAUGUUCUUUAUCAGAGAGAGAGAGCUAGAGCUUAUUUUUGCAAUAAUGUUUUCUUCAUUGGACCUCAUAAUUUUUAAACAAUAAAUUAGGUACCAGUAUUACUUAUGGUUUACAUUUUUAUUAAAAUUUUUCAAAAUUUGGGCAUUUUGUAAUGAAUAUAAUUUACUAACUUUGGCUGAAUUCUGAAAUAUGAGCAAUAUUACAGAGUGACAUCAAAUGUAAACCAAUCUUUUAAGGUAUAAGCCAAAAAAGCCAUGGUUUUGGCACUCCCCCCCCCCUUUUUUUUUUUUAUUCCCCCCAAUAUUUAAAUAGCUUUUUUCCAAAUGUAUACAAAUAAAUUUGUAUUUUAACUCCAUGUACCUUCUCUCAGCUGUCUCAAGCAUUGCCCAUUCAUCCUCAAGUUGUAGUGCCUCUGGGCUCAUCUGACAGUGAAGAUGAUGAUGAACAAGGAGAUGGUUUCCAGAGAAAAGUAAGAUUAACAUGUAGUUGUUUUGUUUUGGUACUUCAAGGCUUCUGGAACAUGUUUAUGUAAUGUCAUCUAAUUUCAGGCUUCGAAUGUUCACAUCAGUGGUUUCAUAAGAUUAAUUUACACUGGAAUAGUUGGUUGAUUUUCUUCUUAUAUUUGUUUUGGCAUACUAAAAAGAAACCACCAAGCUAUAUAUUUAUUCCAUUUAAAGAAAGCCCUCGGUGAAACAAGUGAGCAGGAAGUUCUGAGAAAACAAGAAAUUUACCUCAGCAUGUACAGGUGAGCUUUAGUAUUUCUAAACUUAAUUCAGCGAGCAAACAUUUGUUUAUAUUUGUGAUGUAAAUAUUAGUUGGGAUAAAAAAUUACCUUGCUCUUACCUUAAAACAAAGCUGGCUAAUAAUAAUAAUAAUAAUAAUAAUAAUUGGCUUGUUAUUCACCAGGCAAAAAAUAGAAGAAGAUCAGGAAAUGGUCAAACAGCUGGUUAAUAAGGCAGUCAAAUUCCAA